AUGCCUAAAAGAAAGAAUAUUGACAAAAACUAUGAAGUUUUGUGUAAAAAACUAAAAUUGAUUGAAGAAAAAUUAGGUCUCGGCGGUCAACGUGCUAAACGUCGCCGUGGGCGUAUUAUAUCUAGUUCUUCAGACUCUUCGCAUUCUUCACAAACACAGAACCAUGAUAGUAUGGUGGACAUUGAUCCAUGUGAGCCGUUUGGACCCACUGCGCCCGCCACGGUUGAUCCGUCCCUUAUGCCUGCAGCCCCGCAGCCCAGUGGCGAGGUCUCAGCUACCAUCGAGCCCGAAUUGUCGGCUGCCAACAUCGAGACCGAGCGGUCGGCUGCCACUGUCACCCCCGAUGUUGGCGCCAGGGACUUAACCGGCGAAUACGCAUCGCAGUUGGACCCCGACGUCCUGGAGAUUUUAGGCGUGGACCCAACUGCCUCUAAUACCUACGGCAAAGAUAUCCAAAAGGAUCUCGCUAUUCGCAUGGAACAUUGUGCGACGGAGGGAUUGCCAAAAGACGACCGUAAGAAUAUGGUUGAUUCCUAUCUUCUGCCAAAUAAUUGCAAACUCAUCGGCCCCCCAAAUUUGAAUCCAGAAUUAAAAGCCGCCUUAUCGGAACAGGUAAUAAAGAGGGACAAGGCUAUUGAAUCGAAGCAGAGAGUACUAUCAGCAGCGAUCUCGAGCCUUGCACAGGCUAUUACGCUGAUUCUCUCUUCAAAAGAGAAGGAUGCAAAUCUAUUACGUCUUCUAAUGGAUACCAGCCGCAUGUUAUGCGAUUGUCAACACAGCGAUACGCUGACCAGACGGAAUUAUGUAAUUAACUCCAUUAAAAAAGAAAUGAAGGAGUCGCUGCACAAUACUAAAAUAGACACUUCUUUGUUUGGUCAGAACUUACCAGACACUUUAAAAGCCGCAAAGGCUAUUAACAAGUCGGGCGCAGAACUGAAGAUAAACCCUCCUCCUAAGCCUGGUACUGGCAAAAAGCCAACACCAUCUUCUUCAAAAAACUGGAAGAACAAUGUGCCUCGCAAGCAAACGAUGGCACCGAAGGAAACGACAAAGACCACGAUGACGACGAGGAAUCAGCGCUCCGGGUCCUCCAAGUCAUCGCACAAUCACCGCCAUGCGAACCCUCGCCGCUGA